AAUCGGUCCGUUAGCUCGCAGUAGGGCUGUUAGAGUCGGUCAGUGCAUUAGCUAGUUUGGUAGGUGAAGUAAGGUAAAAUAGUUAUUUUACAGAGGCGACAGUCGGGCGUGUAGCUUUAGGUAAGCGCGGUUUUGCAGGUUAAUAAAGUCUCAGGAUAAAUUUUCGGUUUUAACCAGUAUUUUAAUAGAGUUUGAGUUAACUGAUAAAGAGGGAACAUGGCUGAGACGGACGGAGUGCUCAAGUCAUACUUUGAGAACAAGGCCCUGAGCAAGCCUAAGAAAGAUGACAGGAGGAUGUCCGUGGAGCGCAUUUACCAAAAGAAGACCCAGCUGGAGCACAUUUUGCUCCGGCCAGACACCUAUAUUGGUUCUGUGGAGCCGCUCUCACAGCAAAUGUGGGUGUUUGACGAAGAUGUUGGACUGAACUGUCGGGACAUCACAUUCGUGCCCGGCCUCUAUAAAAUCUUUGAUGAAAUUUUGGUCAAUGCUGCGGAUAACAAGCAGAGGGACAACAGCAUGAACUGUAUCAAGAUUAACAUCGACUCUGAGAACAACACCAUCAGUGUUUGGAACAAUGGAAAAGGAAUUCCUGUGGUAGAGCACAAAGUGGAGAAAGUCUUUGUGCCUGCUCUCAUUUUUGGUCAGCUGCUUACAUCCAGCAACUAUGAUGAUGACCAGAAGAAGGUCACAGGUGGUCGAAAUGGCUAUGGAGCAAAGCUGUGUAACAUCUUCAGCACCAAGUUCACCGUAGAGACUGCCUGUGCAGAGUCAAAGUAUUCCUUCAAGCAGACCUGGUUUGAUAACAUGAGCCGUGCUGGUGAGGCAAAAAUCAAGCCGUUUAGUGGCGAUGACUACACUUGCAUCACCUUCCGGCCAGACUUGACCAAGUUCAAGAUGCAGUCACUGGACCGAGACACUGUGGCCCUUAUGACUAGACGAGCAUAUGACAUUGCUGGGGCCUCCAAGGGUGUGCGUGUCCUCCUCAACGGCACCAAGCUGUCUGUGAAUGGAUUCCGUAGUUACGUGGACCUGUAUUUGAAGGAUAAAGUGGAUGAGACCGGUACUCCUCUCACUGUAGUGCAUGAAGUGGUGAACUCACGCUGGGAAGUGUGUCUCACCCUGAGUGAAAAGGGCUUCCAACAAGUCAGUUUUGUCAACAGCAUCGCUACCACAAAGGGUGGUAGACACACGGACUAUGUGGCAGAUCAGAUUGUGUCAAAGCUGAUUGAAGUGGUGAAGAAAAGGAAUAAAGGUGGUGUGGCUGUCAAACCAUUCCAGGUGAAGAACCACAUGUGGCUGUUCGUGAACUGCCUGAUCGAGAAUCCAAGCUUCGACUCUCAGACCAAAGAGAACAUGACUCUACAGCAAAAAAGCUUCGGAUCUACCUGCCUUCUCAGCGAGAAGUUCAUUAAGCAGGCCAAUACUUGUGGCAUUGUGGACAGCAUAAUGAACUGGGUAAAGUUUAAGGCUCAAAAUCAGCUCAACAAGAAAUGCUCUGCCGUCAAACACACCAAGAUCAAGGGAGUUCCUAAACUGGAUGACGCCAAUGAUGCAGGUGGCAAACACUCUGCCGGUUGCACUCUGAUCCUUACCGAGGGAGACUCGGCCAAAACCCUGGCCGUGUCUGGACUUGGUGUGGUGGGCCGCGAUCGCUACGGGGUCUUUCCCCUGAGGGGUAAAAUGCUGAACGUGCGAGAGGCCUCUCACAAACAGAUCAUGGAGAAUGCUGAGAUCAAUAACAUCAUUAAGAUCAUGGGCCUGCAGUAUCGGAAGAACUACAGCGACCCUGAUUCACUUAAAUCGCUCAGAUACGGAAAACUGAUGAUCAUGACAGAUCAGGAUCAGGAUGGAUCUCAUAUUAAAGGGCUCCUGAUUAAUUUCAUUCACCACAACUGGCCCUCGCUGCUGCGGCACAACUUUCUGGAGGAGUUCAUCACUCCCAUCAUUAAGGUGUCCUCUAAGAACCAGGAGUUUUCCUUCUACAGUAUUCCAGAGUUCACAGAAUGGAAAGAGAAGCAAAACAACAUUAAAUCAUGGAAAAUCAAAUACUACAAAGGUUUGGGUACCAGCACAUCCAAAGAGGCCAAAGAGUAUUUCUCGGACAUGGCGAGGCAUCGCAUUCCGUUUAGGUACUCUGGGCCUGCAGAUGACGAGGCUAUCACCCUGGCCUUUAGUAGGAAGAAAAUUGAGGAAAGAAAGGAGUGGCUCACCAGCUUCAUGAUAAACAGGCGCCAGCGUCGAGAGCACAACCUGCCAGAGGAGUACCUCUAUGGUAAGGAGACUUCAUCCCUUACCUACCAUGACUUCGUCAACAAGGAGCUGGUGCAGUUUUCCAACUCAGACAAUGAGCGCUCCAUCCCGUGCCUGGUUGAUGGUCUGAAGCCAGGUCAGAGGAAGGUGUUGUUCUGCUGCUUCAAACGAAAUGACAAGAGGGAGGUGAAAGUGGCUCAGCUUGCUGGUUCUGUUGCAGAGAUGUCUGCUUACCACCAUGGAGAGAUUUCUCUGAUGAUGACCAUCGUGGGUUUGGCGCAGAACUUUGUUGGUAGCAACAAUCUGAACCUGCUACAGCCUUUGGGUCAGUUUGGCACACGCCUGCACGGAGGCAAAGACUCUGCCAGUCCCAGAUACAUCUUCACCAUGCUCAGCUCUCUUUCCCGACUGCUGUUCCCUUCUGUGGAUGACAACCUGCUCAAGUACAACUACGAUGAUAACGUAAAGGUGGAGCCUGAGUGGUACAUCCCUAUCAUCCCCCUGGUGCUGGUCAACGGUGGUGAUGGCAUCGGCACAGGCUGGGCAUGCAAACUUCCCAACUUUGAUGUUCGUGAAAUCAUUAACAACAUCCAUCGAAUGCUUAAUGGUGAUGAGCCGCUGCCAAUGCUUCCCAGUUAUAAGGGUUUCAAGGGAACCAUUGAGGAGUUGACAAGCAACCACUACCUGAUCAGCGGAGAGGUGUCAAUCAUAGACUCCACCACUAUCGAGAUCUCUGAGUUGCCUGUGAAAACCUGGACACAGUCGUACAAAGAGAAUGUGCUGGAGGUGAUGCUGAACGGCUCUGACAAAGUCCCCGCCCUGAUCACUGACUACAGGGAGUACCACACUGACUCCACAGUGCGCUUUGUGGUGAAAAUGACUGAGGAGAGACUCAUAGAGGCCGAGGCUGCAGGUCUGCACAAAGUUUUCAAACUGCAGAGCCCCCUCACCUGCACUUCCAUGGUGUUGUUUGACCAUGUGGGCAGUCUAAAGAAGUACGAAUUUGUCCAGGACAUUCUAAAGGACUUCUUUGAGCUUCGUUUGAAAUACUAUGUCCUGAGGAAGGCCUGGCUCGUUGGCAUGCUGGGAGCUGAAAGUGCUAAGCUGUCUAAUCAGGCCCGUUUCAUUCUGGAGAAAAUUGAGGGCACUCUGGUAAUCGAAAACAAACCUAAGAAGGAGUUGAUCCGCAUGCUGCAGGAGAUGGGAUACGACUCUGACCCUGUUAAAGUGUGGAAACAAGCCCAGGAAAAGGAGGUGGAGAUAGAUGCAGGGGAGGAAGAUGAACAAAAGGAGGAACAAACAUCAGGACCUGACUACAACUACCUGCUGAGCAUGCCCAUGUGGUACCUCACCAAAGAGAAGAAGGAUGAGCUUUGCAAGCAAAGAGAUGCUAAGCUCACAGAGUUGAACAUGCUGGAAAAAAAGACCCCUUCAGAUUUGUGGCAGGCGGAUCUAGCUGCCUUCACAGAGGAGCUGGAGCGUGUAGAGCAGGCUGAAAAGGAGUCCCAGGCCAAAGUGACCCAGGUUAAGGGAAAAGGUGGCAGAACCAAGGUGGUAAAGAUGAAGGACGAGACCCUGCCUACACCUCAGGGCCGCAGAGUCAUCCCCCGCAUCACCAGCACUAUGAAAGACCAGGCAGUCAACAAGGCUGACUACAAGAAGACAAAAGGCAAGAAAGGUUCAGUCAAGGGUGAAAAUGAGGAAAGUGUAGUGAUGAAGAUGGAAUUUGAAGAUGAGGAAGCAGAAGAGCCUCUUGAGGUUGGACUGGCUGCACGUCUUACCAAGAAAGUUAAAAAAGAGUCUACUAAGGAGAAAGGCUCUAAGUCCAGCAAGCAGACCACACUCCAAUUUAAACCUGUGCAGGAGAAAACAACAAGAAACCCUUGGUCUGAUGAGGAAGAUGAAGACCUUUCAGGCUCUGAUAAGACCACUAGCCCAAUGGACACAGCCCCUAGAGAAAAACAUGGAAGAAAAGCUGCUGCUUCUGUUAAAUAUUCCCUGGACAGCAGCAUGGAUGAGGCAGAAAAUUGGGAAAGCUUGGGCAAAAAGAAAACUUCAGCAGUUCUUGACAGUGAUGAUGACAUGUUUGUUCCGGAGCCCAAAGCUGCUUCUGACAGUGAAGAAGACUCUCCUGUCAAGCCUCCACCGAAAAAAGCAGCAGCCAAACCUAAACCAAAGGAGAAAGCGGUUGUCACCAGCACUGAUACCUCUGAUAGUGCUCCUUUGAAACCCACAGCCAAGCCUAAAGAAAAAGCUGUCAAAAAGACAGCAGAAGAAGGUGCCAAGAAACCUGCAGUUAAGAAGACCGCUGCCCCCAAGAAGACCGCUGCCCCCAAGAAGACCGCUGCCCCCAAGAAGAAAGGAACAGUUGCUGACGUGAAGCAGCCCUCUAUCCUUGACGCCCUGUCCAAACCCCCUGCUAAAACAACCGCGGCCAAAAAGUCAAACUCCAGCGACUCUGAAGGCUCUGCUCCAGCCCCAUCUGCCAAAAAGGCAUCCGUGCGCAAGAGGAAGGUUGUUUUGAGCAGUGAUGAGUCGAGCAGCGAUUCUGAUGGAGGAAACCUUAUGGCCCGCCUCAUGGGUAAAGCCACCGCUGGAAAGAAAUCUAAGUGGGAGGAUGACGAUAGCUUCUCACUGGAUGUGAUGUCAUCUUCUGUGGCCCCCAGGUCAAAAACAGCACGGACCAAAAAACCAAUCACCUAUGCUUUGGAUUCUGACUCUGAUGAAUGAUAUUUCCCUCCUUGCUAGUUAUGAUCUAGUGACCUUUUACAGUAAAAUUCCUUUUAGUACUUGAGUUAGUGGGAACCUGAAGCACUGUUACAUCUAGUUGAUCUGAUGUAAAGCUUUGUUUUACAGUUUUAUUAACAAGUUUAAAAAUUGUAUUUGUUUUCAUUAGAAUUAUUGAAGAUUUCAUAUGUGUACUGUAAUUGAUUGAUCCUUUAUUCUGAUUCUGAAGUUUUUUAUGGCUUUUUUUGUGUUGUGAUGUCUUGUAAAUAUUUUCUAUGUUGUCUUUUUACACUUAAAGCUUUGCCAAAAUAAACUUUAUACCAGUUGUUGUAUUUGACUCUGCAUCUGGGCCUUUGUAACCCUAUUUAUAAAUCACUGUGAAAUGCAUCCCCUCUAUUUCACAGUGCGAUUCUGUACUUGGUGUUCAGUUGUCAACGCGUUUGUGUGCAUACACCCUCACUUGUUACAUACAUGGACAUGUAACAGUUUGCAUAUCCUGCACAUGCUAUAGGUUUGUGCAUUGCUACACCAAUAAUAAACAAGUCGAAAAUACUA